AUGCCAAUCCUUGUUUCUUUUUCCUCUGUGGCCUACAGUCUCUGCUGCAGGUUCAAGAAUUGUGUCUCUGAUGUCAACCCAAGCUGCGUCACUGUUGCCAUCAGUCUAAAUUUCUCUCUUGCCAGCAAAGAAUUAAUCCCAUCUUUAGCAGGAACAAUGGAUUGGAGUGAACUUCCAGAUCAUAUCAUCAUUCAAAUUUUUUCCUACCUUCCAUUGUUUGACCGAUUCAACUGUUGCUUAACCUGCAAAGCUUGGAACCAAUGUUUUGGUGCAUCCUGCUUAUGGCAAGCAAUGUGUUUCCAGUUUUUCUCCAAGAACAUGAGCCGUUCUUUACAGUGCUUAGAGAAGUAUGGACAUUUUUUGAAAAAAGUUUGCAUUGAACUUGACCAAAGCAUGGACUAUAAUCGAAUAAAUGCUCUCAAAGUCAUGGACUUCUUGUCAAAAAUUCCGAACCGGCGCCUCACCUCUUUGACCAUUGUCUUCAAAUCUGAGAACCCUCUCUUCUAUGCUGGCAAGGAAUUUGUGGAAGCCUUGAAACAACUGUUCUCCCUUCCACCAUCCACAGACUGUGAUCACAAAGAAAAUAAUAAUUUCGAAAUGGCAAGGCUAAAAGAGGUGAAUUUGUCCCAACUGGAUGUUGCUUAUGACAACAGUGUAUUCGACCUCCUCUCAGUCAAUCAUCCUUCUUUGGAAGUGCUGAACAUCCAGAACAGGGUACUUGUCAGCAAGGUCACAUGGGAUUGCAUGUACAGACUUGUCGAGCAGUGCCUUUAUCUCCGGGAACUCCAUGUCUUUCACUCUAGUCUCUCUGAUGAAGUUCUGUUUCUCUUAGCCAAACAGUGCCGACCACAAGUUUUUGAAUAUCUCUCCAUUAAGUGUCGUAUUGAUGAAAAGUAUCAUCCAGACUUGACUGUUGAAGCAUGGUCAGCAGUGACCACUGCUCACCCCCGACUUCGUGUUAAACUCCAUUUCGACCACACCUGUCCCCAAGAUCGUGUUCUUGACAUAAUGCAACCGGUAAUUCCUGUAGUGGAUCUUCAUUUAGACACGUUCACAAUGCUCCAUAAUGAGGUUCAAAGAGCUGGGGAUUAUUACAGUGCUACACUGCAAAUUACAAUGCUUAUAGCAACACAUCACAAGUAUUUCAUUCAAUCAAGUACAAAUUUUUAUACUAAACCAGAUAUGAUUAACAAGUUGAACUUUCCUACCAUAAAUGGUGUCUUCUCUUGA